AGUGGUUGUAGGAUACGCUUGUGUUUCAUAUUCCCGUGCACUUCGACCGCUUACUUUCGUGAUGGAACACCGCCAGUCACUCGUCUUGUGUUUCGUUUUCUCUCUCUUCCUCCUAUUCGGUGCUCUCACGUUCAGGUACCUCGAAAGCGAGAAAUAUGUCGAGGAGCCUUGGGAAUGACAGAGACUGAAGGAAUUAGCGUUAAUGUCCUCCAACGUCUCGGCCGACAUGCAAUGGUUGCAGAGGUGGCUUUCCGCUAAUUGCUCAGAUCUCGCCAAUUCUACGAUUGAAACCCUCAUUUCGGAAGGAUCACAUCCAGACGCUGUGCAAGAAGUGGAAUACCAGUGUCCACACUUACACCAGGUGGAAUUGCUAUACAGAAUGACCUUUACCGAGUAUCUCUUCUUCUGUAUGACCGUCCUUAGUACCAUCGGUUAUGGCUUUCAGAUCCCGGUAACAGUUGCGGGUCAAGCCGUGUGUGUAAUCUAUGCUCUCACGGGCAUUCCACUAACAGGUAUGAUGCUGGUAUGGACCUCUGACUUCUUCAGCGAACAGCUUUUCAAAUUGUUCAAAGCAAAGCUGGACGCAAAGAAGCAGCAAUCCAACAUGUUCAUCGCUCUCUUCACCCUGAUUUGCAUCGCCGUGGGGUUGGUGGUGUUCAUCUUCAUUCCAGCUGGAAUUUUCACGGUCAUUGACUAUUGGUCGUACUUGGAGGCAGUCUACUUUGCCGUCAUCACUCUCACUACUGUCGGCUUUGGAGACUUGCUAACUGGAAUGGAGACGCGGGGCUGGGUAAGGAGCGUGUACGAGGUCUGCAUCAUUGUGUGGAUCAUGACAGGGCUGGGCUACUGGGUCACUGUGGUCAACUUCAUCACGAAGGCGCUCAAGUCCAAGCGCCAGAGCUCCUUGCUGCGCAGCGCCGAAGAGAUGAAGUCGUUGGUGCAGCAGAUGGGGAUCAAGGACACCGACCCGAGGUUCCUCAGUUUCGCGCAGCAGCUGAGCAACUUCACCGGCGUGGCGAAGGGCGCCCUCGCUACCGACGCGACAGCCUUCCCCAGCGCCUCCUCCCCUGCCGCAGCGCCGGCGAUGAACUGAGAAGCUCCCUUCGACGAGGUCACUGGGCCCCUAAGUUGGAGACUGCUAAGGCGUUAGCUUGUUAGGGGGUAUUUGUAGUUGCUAAUUCGUGCGUUGGUUGCGAGGCUCUGUGUAUAUUCGUUAUUCAAGUAUCUGUUUGACUGCUCGUUUCACUCAUUAUAUAAUUUUGAAUCCAUGUGAGUACCAAGGUUGCACGUGGCGUGUGUCACUCGGUUUACAAGAUGUCCUAAGUUCUAAUUUUGACAGCUAUAAACCUGUCACUUGGAGUAAUAAAGUGGACGAUUUUGGGACAGAAUGUGAAAAUACUGAAAAUACUUGUUAGGAAUAAUGUUGACAAUUCUACCAUUGAGAGUAUUUUAUUGUACAAAGGUUAGUGUAUCAUGCAAACAUUUUUGUUUCCUCGCAGUUGGUACAAAUGUUUUAGUUGGUGGAUUCAUUGUCUGAAAGAGGCAUAGUUGUGCACGAGAGCAGGCACUCAUCUCUCUGUUUCCUGCUGCAAGACCGCGUGAUUAUCCUUAUCCGUGCGAAUCGAAUGUGUUUGGCGGAAUCUUUCUGGACAUUUCAGAACUACUCUAUGUAUUCCAUGCUUUCAAGGUUUUCCUUUUUUUCAUAUAUUAUAUGAUAUUUUUUUAUUAACUUGGCUAAUAAUAACUUUGGAUGUCCAUCAAAAUCUGACACACUGAGGUCGCUGGUCGCACGCCGGAAAAAAUCCAAUCUUGGGAUGGCACGCAGGGUAAUAACCUAAUUUAAAUUUAAUUUUUAGCUGUAGGUACCUGUAUCUGUACGUAUACGUCAAAAAAAAAUUCAACUGUAUACUCAUGCUAAUGAUAUCCUAGCUUCUUGGUUCUCCUCUACCAGUCAGAUGGCUUGUGAAAGGAGACUUGCAUCAGAAAUAGGUCAAUAGGCAUCCUUCGAAUUCUGAUCAGGAUUGGAAAUUCAUUCUCAGGUGUAACAGAAGUCUUUUGACUUUCGACUCUCUACCCCAUGACAAACACACCUUUUCCUUGGUGUUAGGGAUGCUACAAAUUCGACUCAACGGUGAAUCUAACAGUAUAAACAGUAUGUAUGUCACUAGUAAAGAUGCACCGAAUAAUUACUUUUUUUUAACAGUACGAAUGUUUUGAUACUUCCCGAACUUCUUGUGAAAUCCGUCUCUCCUCCACCAUCGUCUUCUCUAAAUGUUAGUACUUCAGCCAAAAAUGAAAAAAUAAAUUGACAAAUCGUUAAAACUUA